GGGGACGCAGUUGAAAGUGGAGGUCAGGUCAGGGGUUACGAACUUUCUCCAACUUUCCGAGUUGAGCAUCCGGGUUCAUGGUGCAUUCGGGUGACCCCGUUUUGAAUGGGGGAAACCAAGAAUCGCGUCCACCUCUGCUUUGAAAGUUCGUUUUUAAUCUCUUCAAUUUUGCUAACUUCUCACACAGCUCUGUGGAUCUGAAAGGGCUCGGGUAUAUGCAAGCGGUUAAUAGCCAUCAUUUUAACAUUGUGUUUUGUUUUGAUUUUGGUAAUUUAGUCAUUUUUUCCGACACAGAGGAUGGACUCGAAGAACAAGGAAACGAGCAGUCCUGUAAUCGUGCACAACCCUCACCUCCGUGGGCUGAAAGAGGACAUCUUGUACCACUUGAGUCUGGGAACAGGAACACACAACCUUCCUGCUCUGUUUGGGGAUGUCAAAUUUGUGUGUGUUGGAGGCAGUGCUCGGCGAAUGAAAGAGUUCAUUGAAUACAUUGCUGCAGAGCUUGGAAUCCAAGACCCCAAAUCAAACUACCCUAAUAUUUGUGCUGGAACAGACCGCUAUGCCAUGUACAAAGUUGGUCCAGUGCUCUCUGUUAGUCAUGGAAUUGGAAUCCCGUCCAUAUCAAUAAUGUUGCAUGAGCUAAUAAAGCUCCUCCAUCAUGCAUGUUGCACAGAUGUUAUAAUCAUACGCAUUGGAACAUCAGGUGGUAUAGGGCUUGAGCCUGGAACCGUUGUUGUGACCAAACAGUCUGUGGAUGCCAAAUUGGUGCCCAAAUUUGAGCAGCUGAUCUUGGGGGAGUUAGUGGUCCGCGACACCGACCUGGACUACGGCCUGGCCGAGGAGUUGCUUCGGUGCAGUAAGGAGCUGGGCCAGUUCAACACGGUGAUGGGCAACACCAUGUGCACGCUGGAUUUCUAUGAAGGUCAAGGCCGUCUGGACGGAGCGUUCUGCUUGUACACAGAGGAGGACAAGCACAAAUACUUGACCCAGGCCAGGGAAGCAGGAGUCUGCAAUAUCGAAAUGGAGUCGGCUGCUUUUGCCGCCAUGUGCAAACUGAGCGGCCUGCGUGCGGCCGUGGUUUGCACUACGUUAGUGGACCGCCUGAAGGGAGACCAGCUGACCAUCUCUCAUGAUGUCCUUCACAGCUACCAGCAGCGACCUCAGAUCCUUGUGGGAUAUUACAUUAAGAAGCAGAUCAAGGCAUGGGAAGCAGUUCAGAAAUGA